CCCACCUCGCACGGCCUGAGGGAAGCCCGCCAAAGCCAGGCAGGGGGCGGAGCCACGGCCCUUUUAUUAGCCGAGGGCGCAGGAGGCGCCGUGCGAGAGAAUGGAGAGCGCCGGCCUGAGGAACAGCCAAGCCAAGGUGGCUCCUCCGCCGGGGGAGAAGAGCUUCGGCAGCGACGGGCCGGAGAAGAACAACUCCGCCGCGGUGCCCAUGCUGACUGCUAUGGAGGUGGCGGACGAGCCGGAGAAAGCGGCGGCGCCCAGGGCGAAAGUCAAGGAGCCCAACCCCUACAAAGUCCUCUCCCUGGUAUUAUGUGUCAUUGUGCUAACAACAAUCCUAGGAUGUAUAUUUGGGCUGAAACCUAGCUGUACAAGAGAUGUCAAAACCUGCAAAGGCCGUUGCUAUGAGAGAACAUUUGGAAGUUGCCGCUGCGACAAAGAAUGUGUUACACUUGGAAACUGCUGUUUAGAUUUCCAAGAAGCCUGUAUAGAACCGGCUCAUAUAUGGAACUGUACCAAAUUUCGGUGUGGGGAGAAGAACCGGCCAGAGUACCUCUGCUCCUGUUCAGAAGACUGUGUGAAAAAUAACAAUUGCUGUGCCAAUUAUUACUCAGUGUGUGAAGGAAAGACAAGCUGGCUUGAAGAAAAAUGUGAGGACUUAAACGAACCCCAGUGCCCAGAAGGAUUUUCAAAACCUCCACUGUUGUUGUUUUCCUUGGAUGGAUUCAGAGCUGAGUAUUUGCACACAUGGGGUAGACUUCUUCCUGUUAUUAACAAAUUACGAAAAUGUGGAACAUACGCUCGUGGCAUGAGACCAGUGUAUCCAUCAAAAACAUUUCCCAAUCAUUACAGCAUUGUCACGGGCUUAUACCCAGAAUCCCAUGGUCUAGUGGAUAAUAAAAUGUACGACCCAAAGAGAAAUGCUACCUUCACUCUUAGAAAUGCAGAGAAGUUUGAUCCACGGUGGUACCAAGGACAGCCAAUCUGGCUGACAGCUAUGUAUCAAGGUCUAAAAUCUGCCACGUUCUUCUGGCCUGGUUCAGAUGUCACUGUUAAUGGAAGUUUUCCAGACAUCUACAAAGUAUACAACGGGUCAGUCCCACAUGGAGAAAGAGUAAUGACUUUUCUUAAAUGGCUACAGUUACCAGAAGAGAAAAGACCACACCUUUACACUCUGUAUUUAGAAGAACCAGAUUCCUCAGGCCACAGAUAUGGACCAGUUAGCAGUGAAGUCAUUCUUGCAUUACAGAGAGUAGACAGCAUGGUUGGGCUACUGAUGGAUGGACUUAAGCAGAUGAACCUCCACAAUUGCAUUAACAUUAUUCUGCUUUCUGAUCAUGGAAUGGAGGCAGCAAGCUGCAGCAAAUCAGCAUACCUAAAUACAUACUUGGAUAAUGUUCAAGACUUGUUUGUAGUACCUGGACCUGCGGCUCGCUUGAGACCCCAAAAAGUUCCAGAUGAGUAUUACUCUUUUGAUUACGAAGGCAUUGUAAGAAACCUUACAUGCUUGGUCCCAAAUCAACCUUUCAAGGCAUACUUGAAGCAACUGCUCCCCAAGCGAUUUCAUUAUGCCAAGAAUGACCGGAUUGAGCCAGUGCAUUUUUAUAUGGACCAGCAAUGGCAGCUUGCUCGGAUGCCCUCUGAGCUCAAGUAUUGCACUGGUGGAUUCCAUGGGUCGGACAAUGCAUUUGCAAAUAUGCAGGCUCUGUUUAUUGGGUUUGGACCUGGAUUCAAGAUUCAAACUGAAGUUGAUCCCUUCGAAAACAUUGAGAUCUACAAUUUAAUGUGUGAUCUACUUGGCUUGACACCGGCUCCCAACAAUGGAACCUAUGGAAGCCUCAACCACCUCUUGAAGCAGGCCAGUUAUAUGCCGAGACAUCCUAAGGAAGAAAGCCUUCCUUCGACAUGCCCUUCCACACAACAGAGAACCUCUGCAGAUCACCGUGGUUGCCCAUGUGAUUCUUCAAUUCGACAACAGAUAAAUUUCACUACUUCAGAAAUAAAGAAGAUUGAAAAAUAUAGUUUGCCAUUUGGGAGGCCCAGAGUGCUCCAAAAGAAGCAGGUCUAUUGUCUUCUUCAUAGCUACCAUUAUGUAAAUGGCUUUAGCUACAAGAUCAAGAUGCCUCUGUGGAGUGCCUAUAUGGUUAACAAGCAUGACAAUUGGACUGCAUCUUCAGAAGCCACCCCAAGCUGUUUCAAUGUCGACAGUCGCAUUCCUUCGAACCGCAGCCAGAUGUGUUCAUUUUAUAAAAGUCAUCCCCAGCUAAACUAUGGAUUUCUUUUCCCACCAAAUCUGAUAAAGGAUGAAAGAUACAGUAAAAAUGAAGCACUUUUAUCAAGCAAUAUUGUACCAAUGUACCAUGCUUUCCAGGUGAUAUGGAACUACUUUAAUGCAGUCCUACUGCCAGCCUAUGCUGCAGACAGAAAUGGUGUCCAUGUCAUUGCUGGCCCUGUGUUUGAUCACGACUACAAUGGCUUAUAUGAUACACCCGAGGAAGUGAAAAGGCUCACAAAUAAUCCAGAAGUCCUCAUUCCAACUCACUACUUCGUUAUCUUGACAAGUUGUAAAAAUGUUUCCCAGACUCCUUGGCAAUGCGAAGGGUCUCUUGAUGUUGCAUCUUAUGUUAUACCUCACAAAGAAGACAACAGUGAAAGCUGCGCAACUGGCAAGCCUGAGUCCUCGUGGGUGGAAGAGAGAAUUAAGUUCCAUACAACCCGAGUCAGAGACGUGGAACUUCUUACGGGACUAAGCUUCUACCAUGACAGUAAACAGCCUGUACCCGACAUAUUACAGUUAAAAACUUAUUUGCCAAGCUUGGACAAGGCCUAAUGUGAGUUUCUAUACAGAAAGAGAGAGAGUGAAAAACCAUAUUGCACAAAGUAAAUGCUUUAAUCACGCUGGAAGAUGAGUGGGUUUUUUUUGAAGAUGCUUGAGCAAAAUGGGAGCUGGAAAGACUCUCUGCCAUAUUUGUAUCUCAGGGACAUUUUAUGGACCAACUAUAGCAAAAGAGAACAGCUUCUCCCAGCCUGUUAUCCACAUGAAUGAUGUGGAAGGUUUUUGUAUAUUAUUAAAGUCAUUCUGCCAGCCAUAUGUAAAUGGACGCACAUGCAACGUCAACAGCUCUUUUCAACUCCAUUUAAGUGUACUGGAAUUACUUUCUUUUUGUUUAUAGUGUAUUAUUUGUGUUAAUAGUGGAUUAACUAAAAGUGAAGCAACUGGCAUGUAUAUUUUUUAAAAAAGAAGAAAUAAUAUAAAUACUAAAUAAAAAUGCAGCCAUGUUCUGGAGUUGUUUUGCAGAAUGUACUGUAUGUCAAAUACCUAUAGAAAGAAGGAGGCUUCUGAUAGCUUCGUAAUAGGUCUGUAAUAUUUGCUGAAAAGAAAAGAAAAAAAUCACUAGUAUACCUGUAGUGCCCACCCCCUUUUCUGGAAAUUGAAUAAAUACUGAUUUUAAGAUACUAGUCCUUUUGAGCAACACAUAUUUGCUGGUUAGAUUUGCUGGUACUGCUUUUUAAAAAAUAAGGAGGGAUUAUCAUUUGUCAUAAAGAUUCCUUUUCCCCUUUGGGAUGCAGAAGAAUCAUUUAACUCAAACAGAAGAAAAGUAAAUCCAUAUAUACCAUUCAGUGUUAAAUGCUGUUUUACACCUAGAUGAUUAUUCCAAUUCCAUUUUCCAAAAACCCUGAUGCUGGCUGAUCCCAACAACUCCAACAUAGAAUCCACUCUGGGUAUUGGAUAGGCAUCAUAUGCGGUGAUCUUAUUAAUGCUUCUGAAGUCUGUACAAAAUCUAAUAGGCCCACCUUGCUUUGGAAUGGAAACCACUCGAGAGGACCACAUGCUUAGAGAUUCCUUGAUCGCACCUAACUCACCUAACAUCUCCUUUAUUUACUUCCUUAUCUCCUCCAGCACUUUUCCAUUCACAUGGUAAAGAUUUCAGCAUCUUCACUCAGGACUUUCAAAAUUCCCUUUUAACUUGUUCAGGAAUUCACUGUUACAAGAGAAUGCUGGACUAGAUGGGCCUGAUCCAGCUUCCGAUGUACUUAAGUUGCCUUUUGUAAAGGUGAUCCCAGUCACACUCAGUGCUAAGUAUUAUCCACCACACAGAAAUAUGCACGCCUGGUGAAACAGCGCCAUCAGGUGUUCUGGACACAACAUUUCAUGAGAGCAUAGCUGCCAAGUUUUCCCUUUUCUCGCGAGGAAGCCUAUUCAGCAUAAGGGAAAAUCCCUUAAAAAAAGGGAUAACUUGGCAGCUAUGCAUGAGAGUUUGGCACAACAAAACACAAACAAGUUCUGAAGCAUUAUUUUUUCCAAGACUUUAUAGAAUAAAAUGUGGACUUCAUUUUUUGAUGGUGACUGUUUGCCACUUUAAAAUAUUCAUUUUGUUAAUCAAAGUGACAUACCAUCCCAAAAUGAAGCCCACAUUUUAUUCUAUAAAGUGUCUUUAAAAAGAAAAAUAUCUCUCUCUGCUUUAGUUGGCAGAUAAGAUAUACGUUCAUAGUUGUUGUAAAUGGUAGUUGUGCUUCUUUUGCAUACACCUAAGCUCUAAUUCAGGGACGCGGGUGGUGCUGUGGGUUAAACCACAGAGCCUAAGGCUUGCUGAUCAGAAGGUCGGCGGUUCGAAUCCCCGCGACGGGGUGAGCUCCCGUUGCUCGGUCCCAGCUCCUGCCAACCUAGCAGUUCGAAAGCACGUCAAAGUGCAAGUAGAUAAAUAGGUAUCACAACAGUGGGAAGGUAAAUGGUGUUUCCGUGUGCUGCUCUGGUUCACCAGAACCAGCUUUGUCAUGCUGGCCACAUGACCUGGAAGCUGUACGCCGGCUCCCUCGGCCAAUAACACGAGAUGAGCACCGCAACCCCAGAGUCGGUCACGACUGGACCUAAUGGUCAGGGGUCCCUUUACCUUUAAGCUCUAAUUCAGGCAUGGGGAAACUGCUGGCAGGAGUCCUCGGUUAGCCCUUAAAAACAGUGUUCCCAAGCCAUGCCCACCUGCCCCACAAUUGGCACCAUAUGACAUCAGUGAUGGGAUGGACAAAGCAAAGGCAGCAAAGGAGUAACCUGGAGGCCUCCAGUGUUUUCUCAACUGUGAGCUGCACUGGGAUUGGCUCCACUCAGGAGCUCCACAUAGUUCACCUCCAAUUGGGAGCUUUUCAGAGAGCAAUGUACCGGGGUUGUCUCCUGUUGAAUCCCAGCAUUUUGCCUCCUUUGUAGGCUAGCUUCUAUUCAAGUCAUUCUGCAAAUGCUUGCUUUGAAAUUGUUGUUUAGUCGUGUCCGACUCUUCGUGACCCCAUGGACCAUAGCACGCCAGGCACUCCUGUCUUGCACUGCCUCCCGCAGUUUGGUCAAACUCAUGUUCGUAGCUUCGAGAACACUGUCCAACCAUCUUGUCCUCUGACGUCCCCUUCUCCUAGUGCCCUCAAUCUUUCCCAACAUCAGGGUCUUUUCCAGGGAGUCUUCUCUUCUCAUGAGGUGGCCAAAGUAUUGGAGCCUCAGCUUCAGGAUCUGUCCUUCCAGGGAGCACUCAGGGCUGAUUUCCUUCAGAAUGGAUACGUUUGAUCUUCUUGCAGUCCAUGGGACUCUCAAGAGUCUCCUCCAGCACCAUAAUUCAAAAGCAUCAAUUCUUCGGCGAUCAUGUUGUCUUUGUCCAUGGAGUUUUCUUGGCAGGGAUACUGGAGUGGCUUGCCAGUUCCUUCUCCAGGUGGAUCACGUUUAGUCAAAACUCUCCACUAUGACCUGUCCAUCUUGGGUGGCCCUGCAUGGCAUAGCUCAUAGCUUCUCUGAGUUAUUCAAGCCCCUUCGCCACGACAAGGCAUUGAUCCAUGAAGGGGUUUUGAAAUAAAGUUGCACAAACAAAGGAACAUUUUUUCCUUUGCUGAGCAGCUUGAAUUUAAUUCGUGUCUAAUUGAACUGCCACCAACUAUGCUUUUUGCACUUCAUUGCCAUGUAACGGAUGGUGCUUUUUAAUUUUUCAUCUUCUAUAUAUCCAUUUGUAUAUAUCAACCAACUGAGGAUCAUGCUGUACAUCUGGUGAAGUGGACACUAAAGCUUGUGCCAUAAUUAAAUGUGUUCGUCUUUUAA